AUGGAGCAGGGCGGGGCGGCGGCGGGGAAGCGCGCACCUGCACGUGCCCCCCCGCCCGAGCUGGAGGCGGGGUACGGCUGCCCCCGGCUCCCUCUUCGGGCAGCUCUGAGGCUGCGGCCACGGCCUGGAGGCCCGGGCUGCGCCCCCCGCUGCCACGGCCCCCGUGCACAGGGCUUGCGCGACCGUCGGCCUCCCGACGCGGGCCGCACACCUGCGGGCGCCACCUGCGGGCGCCACGUGCGGGCACCACGUGCGGGCCCCACCUGUGGGCGUCACCUGCGGGCCCCACCUGCGGGCACCACGUGCGGCCGCCACCUGCGGGCGCCACCUUCGGGCACCACCUGCGGGCACCACCUGCGGGCACCACCUGCGGGCGCCACCUGCGGGCACCACGUGCGGGCCCCACGUGCGGGCCCCACCUUCGGGCCCCACCUUCGGGCCCCACCUUCGGGCACCACCUGCGGGCGCCACCUGCGGGCACCACGUGCGGGCACCACCUGCGGGCGCCACGUGCGGGCCCCACCUGUGGGCGCCACCUGCGGGCCCCACCUGCGGGCGCCACGUGCGGGCACCACGUGCGGGCCUCACCUGCGGGCACCACGUGCGGGCACCACCUGCGGGCACCACGUGCGGGCCCCACGUGUGGGCCCCACCUUCGGGCACCACCUGCGGGCGCCACCUGCGGGCGCCACGUGCCGGCCCCACCUUCGGGCACCACCUGCGGGCGCCACCUGCGGACACCACGUGCGGGCACCACCUGCGGGCACCACCUGCGGGCGCCACGUGCGGGCACCACGUGCGGGCCCCACCUGUGGGCGCCACCUGCGGGCCCCACCUGCGGGCACCACGUGCGGCUGCCACCUGCGGGCACCACGUGCGGGCACCACGUGCGGGCCUCACCUGCGGGCACCACGUGCAGGCACCACCUGUGGGCCCCACCUGCGGGCACCACCUGCGGGCGCCACGUGCGGGCACCACCUGCGGGCACCACCUGCGGGCGCCACCUGCGGGCGCCACGUGCGGGCACCACGUGCGGGCCCCACCUGUGGGCGUCACCUGCGGGCCCCACCUGCGGGCACCACGUGCGGCCGCCACCUGCGGGCGCCACCUUUGGGCCCCACCUUCGGGCACCACCUGCGGGCGCCACCUGCGGGCGCCACGUGCCGGCCCCACCUUCGGGCACCACCUGCGGGCGCCACCUUUGGGCCCCACGUUGCGGGCACCACCUGCGGGCACCACCUGCGGGCGCCACGUGCGGGCACCACGUGCGGGCCCCACCUGUGGGCGCCACCUGCGGGCCCCACCUGCGGGCCCCACCUGCGGGCACCACGUGCCGGCGCCGGCCAGGGGCACGGCCUGCCGUCCUGCGGCCUGCGGGGUUCCGGGCACCCGGGUCGCCCCCUUGCAGCCCCCCCUCCCCGGGCCCCGGGAGACCGGCGGGCUCGACCUGGACGGGCGACGGUGAGCGGCGCGGAGACAGACAAGGAUUAUUGUCGCUGCUUCCGAGUUGUUAGUGACCUCGGGGUGUGCCACCCUCCCCAACGGCCUGAGCCGCGGGCAGCUGCCUCCUGGAUGUGUGUCAGCCCGCACUAA